AUCGUCCACAUCCCCGUCUGAAAUGUCUCUACCUAAGCUGGCCCGCAUCCCCUCGGCGAGGCUGCUGACCUCCAUCCUCCCCCACCAGCUGCUGCAACCCCCGCCCACCCCUCUCACCGUCCCCUGCAGGACUAAGAUCCAGAAGGACUACAGACGUCCCGGCCAACCCAAAGAACACAAAUUCCCCUUUCAGCCCGUCAACUUCAGCUUCUCGAAGGGAAUCGAGGGCAUCAAGAAGCAUUUCACGCUGCUGAAGAAGGAGUUCUCUGAGCGGCUGGUGGGUCCGGAGGGGAAGCCCCUCCUCGAACACCUCCUGGAGCAGAACCUGGUGAUCUGGGAGUUCAGGGGUCCGGAGAGCCUGGAGCAGUGGACCGUGUCGUCGGAUCAGGAGAUAGGAGGACAGAGUGAAGCGCUCCUGAAGCUGGGCAGGAACGAUAACACCUGUUUCCUGUACGGGGCGCUGAGGUCCACCCCCCCGAGGGACGGAGAGACGCGGUACAGCGGAUACUGCAGCAUGCGCUCAAAGAAACUCCUGGCUUCGUUUGACAGAAAGAAGCACCACGACUGGUCCACCUUCAACACCCUGCAUCUACGAGUGCGAGGAGACGGCCGGCCAUGGAUGAUCAACAUCGCCACUGAGACGUACUUCUCUCACCAGAAAGACGACAUCUACACCUACUUCCUGUACACCAGGGGGGGGCCCUACUGGCAGGACGUCAAAAUACCUUUCUCCAAGUUCUUCCUAUCACACCGCGGGAGAAUACAAGACGACCAGCAUCCCAUCUGGCUGGACAAGGUGAACACCAUUGGAUUCACGCUGGGGGAUAAAGCAGACGGACCCUUUCAGCUGGAGAUUGAUUUUGUCGGUGUGUCUAAAGACUACGCUCACACGGAGGAGUUUGCCUACGAGAUGUACGAGAGGAAUCCUAAAAACUGAGAGCAACCGAGACAAUAUGAACUAUGGUUGAGCAAUAGCAGCUUUAAAUAACCACCAAUAAAGACAUGCAGUCGACGACA